CUAUCACCGUCGCCGUCGCGGCUCAUUGUCGCUAUAGCCGUCGCCGUCGCCACACCAUCUUCUCAGACACAGAAUCAGUUGCCAAUUGCCCGCCGUUCCUUCUUCUCAUACGGCAGAAUCGGUUGCACAAAAUUGCCGCUCCUUCACCGGUCACCAAUUAAUCUCCGCUCCGCCACUCUUCUGUCGCCUCUUUGUUGUGCUUCCUUUCCAUCCUCGGCGCCUGUUCCUGGCCAUGUCAGCCGUCACCAUUUAUUAACCGGUUCUAGGGACUAUAACAUCUUUGAUGGUUAGGGAACCGAUCUGACAUUUCCAUAUCGUUGAAAGAGGUUUAGUCAUUCGAAAAAAUGGGAAAACAAAAGCAAUUACAAUCUUGUUGAGCCACAAGAUGCAUGGUGAAGGUGCACCUGUUUGAGCCAUGCUACCAAUAGCAACUGCAUUGCACCCAAACACCCAAAGCUUUGAACAACACUACCGGAACCUUUGCAACACGCUCCUGUCCCUCACCUAUUCUCGCUCCCUUCCAAAGGGGCUUCAGCUCCACGCCCAUAUUCUUAAGACUGGCCUCAACUCCAUUCCUCUCCUCUCGCAUCACCUUAUUAACUUCUACUCGAAAACUUGCCUCCCCCACUUCUCCCACAAAGUGUUUGACGAAAGUCCCCAUAGAACCUCUACCACAUGGAGCUCCUUAAUCUCUUCUUUCGCCCAAAACGAACUCCCAUUGCUUGCUCUACACUCAUUUCGCCGUAUGAUCCUUAAUGGGAUCCGUCCAGAUGACCACACCUUCCCCAGCGCCAUCAAGUCUUGUGCCAUAUUGGGCAAUCCCCACAUCGGGGAAUCAGUGCAUUGUCUCGCCCUCAAGACUUGGUAUGUGGUUGAUGUGUUUGUUGGGAGUUCCAUUGUUGAUAUGUAUGCCAAGUGUGGCAAAAUUUGGUGUGCGAGAAAGGUUUUCGACGAAAUGCCCGAACGAAAUGUUGUUUCUUGGAGUGGGAUGAUAUAUGGGUAUGUGCAGAUAGGUGAGGAUGAGGAGGCUCUCGGAUUGUUUAAGAGGGUGAUGGGUGAGAAAGAUGUUGGGGUUAAUGAUUUUACUUUGUCUAGUGUUUUGAGGGUUUGUGGAGGCUCCACAUUGCUUGAGUUGGGGAAGCAAGUACAUGGAUUGUGCUUUAAGACAAGCUUUAAUUCAUCGUGUUUUGUGGGGAGUUCAUUGAUUUCUUUGUACUCUAAGUGUGGGGUUGUGGAAGGAGCUUACCAGGUUUUUGAGGAGGUGAAGGAUAGAAACCUUGGCAUGUGGAAUGCAAUGCUGAUUGCAUGUGCUCAGCAUGCCCAUACAAGUAAAACAUUUGAGCUUUUCAGGGAGAUGGAGAGUCUUGGGAUGAAGCCUAAUUUCAUAACCUUUUUGUGCAUGCUCUAUGCUUGCAGCCACACUGGGUUGGUUGAGGAGGGCCAGUAUUACUUUGAGAUGAUGAGAGGCUAUGGCAUUGAACCAGGGGCACAACAUUACUCCACAUUGGUGGAUUUGCUUGGCCGUGCCGGGAAGUUGAAGGAAGCAGUUCAGGUGGUUCAAGAGAUGCCUAUGCAUCCAACAGAAUCUGUCUGGGGAGCUUUGUUGACAGGUUGUAGAAUACACGGGAACACUGAAUUGGCAUCCUACGUGGCUGAUAGACUUUUUGAGUUGGGUUCAUUGAGCUCAGGCGUUCAUGUAUUGCUCUCUAAUGCUUAUGCUGCUGCUGGUAGAUGGGAGGAAGCGGCAAGGGCAAGGAAGAUGCUGAGGGAUCAAGGAAUAAAGAAGGAAACUGGUUUGAGUUGGGUGGAGGAAGGGAAUAAAGUUCACACAUUUGCUGCUGGGGAUAGGUCUCACGCAAAGACCACGGAAAUCUAUAAGAAGUUGGAGGAGUUAGGAGAAGAAAUGGAGAAGGCUGGUUAUGUUGCAGACACAUCUUUUGUGCUGAAAGAGGUGGGAGGCGAAGAGAAGAAUGAGACUAUAAGGUAUCAUAGUGAAAGGUUGGCCAUAGCAUUUGGCCUCGUUACUUUCCCGAAGGAGCGACCAAUCAGAGUGAUGAAGAAUCUGCGUGUUUGUGGCGAUUGCCACACUGCAAUCAAGUACAUUAGCAAGUGCACUGGGAGGGUGAUCAUUGUGAGGGACAAUAACAGGUUCCACCGAUUUGAGGAUGGGAAAUGCACUUGUGGAGAUUAUUGGUGAUCAUAAUGAUGCUGAGUGACAUUAGAAUACUGAUAACAAAGUUGGAGCAGUUCAUGACUAUAAUAUAUCGUUCUUGAUGAACCGUCUUGUUGUUUGAACAUUUUCAUCCUUUAGUGAGCAGUGGAUAGUGGAUACUCAGGUAUGAUUUUCAGGCUUCCAUAUCCUAGUCUAGCUACUUUUUGCAUUAAUUGUAAGAAAUAAGAAAUUUGCCUAUUGUCUUAUUGACCACUUUCUUUAUCAAACCUUCCUUAGUCGUUUUAUUCAUAGGAUUGGACUGUAAAUAUUUUCAAUGUAGUUAAGCCAAAGUCCGUUUCACGUUUAAUAUGUUCUACUAUUACAUACAAUUUCUAAUAAUGAUAUUCCAAUUGAUUUACAAAAAGGUUAAAAAUAAGUAUCUGGUUUAUAAUAAAUUCAAAUAUUCCUCAUUUAUUUGUUAUCACGUAAUUGUACAUGUCCAAGAAUCUGUUACUUAAGAUAGGAUUUUUAUCAUCUUUCUGUUAUUAAAUUUUUUGUAUAUUUUAUUUGUUUUCAUUUCCUUCUAAGCUAUGCGUUGUGGCCAGCAUCUCUAUAUAUGUGUAUAAUUUCUUUUCAUCAAUUAUUGCAUCUAUAUUCUUUGCGUCUUUUUUGCUCUUUUAUGGUAUCGGAGCUCCCCUCAGGGGGUCUGCUGAUACCUUCACCAUGGUAAAAAACACUACGCACAUCUACUCCUUCUACACCUGGCAGCAGUGUUCUCACUGACCCAGUCUUCUUCUGCACUCAUCCUACUAAGACUCUGUCCACAUGUCAUCCCAGAUAUUUGGGUUGUCCGUGGUUUGUCGAGCAAGGCACAAUGCCCUCCGUUAACACCGAUGCUGUCGUGCCUCAUUCUUCUGUCAGUGCCGUCGGCGUGACAUGUCUUGCUUGGUGUUUAACUUCCAAUACAAAGGGUGACCUACAAGUAUAUGAGCCUUAUUUUACACCAACCCAACAACAAGCUCUCUUGUACCUCUGAAAACUAAUGUUUCUAGCUCUUUGGACACCACCAAGCCACAAAACCAUCUUGCUUCUCGAUCAGAUCCAUCAGAGGCCAAGUUUGGUAGUCCAUUUUCACAAAUCAAUCAUGUAUAUUCUUUUAAUAUUUCUGAUUUCAUUCCACAUAAUUGUUUUUCAGUUUCUUCAAUAAUGCUUCAUGAAUUAUUGAUUCUGGUGCCAUAUAUCACAUAAUUUCUUCACUAAAAUGUUUUCACACUUAUCAUAAAAUAUCCAGUUUAUUUUCAUCUUUCAAGUAAUUGUGAUAGAAACAGGUUUGGCUUGGUUUCUAGGAGGAAAGGUAUGGAGUUGAUGGGAUGAUUUUCACUGCUUAAUUCCUAAUUGUUGCAGAAUGGCUGUUUGUUGGUCCUUUUAAACUAGUUUAGCAGGUUUAGGAGCAGUAAUGGUAGGCCUAGCUGCUGCCUAUAAAUGCUAGAGGUUAGUUAGUUUUUAGUUAGUUAGAAAAUUCUGUAAAAGUGUGUUAGUUCAGGAGAUGAAAAUUCUCUCUAGUAAUUGAGGAAAACUCUGCACGCCAACUAGGGAUUGUAAUACAAUCCCUAGUUCAUCAAUAAAAUCCCCUAAUUUUGCUAGUUCUACAAUCCCUAGUUCAUCAAUAAAAUCCCCUAAUUUUGCUAGUUCCUUGAUCCUAUCAAAUUGUCAUGUUACUCUUGGUGCUGUUGCUUUCUCACAAUCUCACCUGAACUCAUUCUCAUGUCAUUCAUGUUAUUCUCGUUUUAAAGUUAAUAUUCAUGUUAUCUCCACUCUCCCUUGUCAAUUACUAUUUUCGGAUGUAUUUUGCAAAUUACAGGAUGCGAGAUUGUUGAGGACAAUUGGUUUGGCUAAACAAAAGGAAGGAUUAUAUUAUCUCAUUGUGAAUGCUAUGAAGGACAAACCCACAACCACAUUAGGUCCCAACUUAUUAAAUAAUGCCAUUACCACACCAAUGACAAACAAAAAUAUAUGCAACAUUUCAGGUUCUGGCGUUGGAAAAGAGCAAAAGAUGUACAAUGCAUGAUGAGUUUGGACAGGAAAGUGUCUCCGCAAGAUGUCUGUUGACAUUCGCAAUGAGGGUUCUCCAACUGAUUGGAUUUCCAAUGAAAUUCUUGCACAACUCAGGGAGUAUUGGGCUAUGGAGGAAUACGGAGAUACGAAGUCCAAGUCCAACACAGAAGAGUCGUUGCACACUUGUGGCUCCACUACGUAUGUGGCCACGACAAAAAAAUGGAGAGCGAGCUCUUAAAGAGGGCUCAUACCAGGAAGGAGGACCGUAGCAAGUGGCUUAAUAGGACGCUUUGAGGAGAACAUGGUGAAAGCCACCGAUGAACGUGCCACACAAAUUGCUGCAAGGGUCAUAGAAUCGCCCUCGAUUUGAGAGGUGGGGACACAGAUGGUUGGUAGAUGCAAGCGUGAGAGUGUAUGAAGUUGGAUGUGUCAACACUCAACACCACUACUACACCAGGAUUCUAUGAUGCAGCUGGGACACCAGAUGACCUAUGCAUCGCCAAUGAAACCGGAAGAUCUGAGGGAGCAGAUUAGCCUACAGAAGGAGAUGAGUUAGCAAUUGGAGCAGCACAGGACGAGGUAUGAAGAGAUGGAGGCACACUACCAUUAAGAGCGGGACGAGUGGAAGCAGACUCAUCAAAGACAGCUAGAGGAGAUCACUCGCCUCCAGCACAUGGUUGACACACAAUAUGAAGAGUUCACUGGUUUGAAGAGCGCCAUAUGUCAGAUCUACAACUUCAUGCAAUCGAUGCCGAGGCAGAGCGGCUCUUCCAGCAAUGUUCCUAUGCCCCUUCCACCUUCUUUCAAGCCCAGCGGUGCCUCACAGUUGCUGCAGGCCAACGAUCCACUACCACCACCACCACCUUGACGCCUUGGCCAUUGGUAAAAAGUGAUAGCCUUGUAGUGUUACACCAUUAUGUUUCACUUCUUAUUAAUUAAGUAAAAUAAUAAAUGUUAAUUU